AUGGCACCAAAAAAGAAUGUCAAAAUGGACUUGGGUUCAUUUUUAGCAGAUGACACCUACGGAGGAACUUCAUGGGCCGAUGAAGAAGUUGAUUUGAACUCUAUCGGAUUGUCAUUGGAUAAAUCCACCACUGAAGCACCCGUUGGAGGUAAGCCUGCAUUUUCAGGAAUUGGUGGUGGCGAAGGUCGUUUCCAAGAACCAAGAAAAGAGAGAAAAGAGUAUCCAGUUCCUGAUAAGCCACCAUAUGUUGCACGUGUUUCCAAUUUGCCAUGGGAAGUAAGUGAAGAAGUCAUUGUGAGACAUUUUGAAGAUAGAAUGCAAGCUCAAGAUAUCAUCACUGAUAUCAAGUUACCUGUUGACAGAGACAAUGGUAGAUUGAAAGGUUACGCAUUUGUCACCUUUACUCAAAGAGAACUCCUUGAAGAGUCAUUGAAUUUAACUUUGAGUGAAUUUCAAGGAAGAAAGAUUUUUGUUAAUGUAGCUGCACCACCAAGAGCCGAUGAAGGUGAUUGGAGAUCUGGUAGAUCUGGUCCAUUGGGUGGUAGAGGUGAGUCUGAAGUCGAGUUAGAUUGGGGCUCAGCAAGAAGAACACAAGCUGAGUUGCCAAGAAGGGAGAGAUCAAACAGAGGUCCAAGAGAAGAAAGAUCUUCUGGUCCAGAUUUAGAUUGGGGUGCAGCUAGAUCAGAAUCAAGUGGAUUACCACCAAGAGAAAGAUCACAUAGAGGUCCAAGAGAACAUAAGCCAAGAGAUGAACCAGAUUUGGAUUGGGGAGCAGCCAGGUCGGAAUCAAGUGGAUUGCCUCCAAGAGAAAGAUCCCACAGGGGCCCAAGAGAACAUAAACCAAGAGACGAACCUGAAUUGGAUUGGGGUUCAGUAAGGGGCUCUCAUGCUGAAUUACCUCCAAGACAAAGAUCAUCAAGAACAUCAAGUCAUGGGGAGGGACAAGAACGUGGAACUUUUAAACCAAGAAAGCAAGAAUCAGAAUUGGAUUGGGGAGCAGCAAGAUCAUCCACAACUACUUUGCCACCAAGGGAAAGAUCCAACAGAUCAGGAGCACAUAGAAACAACUCCGACAAUGGUUUUGAUUGGAAGAGAGGGCAACCAUUACAACAACGUACCAAAUCGGCACAUGGACAGAAACACAAAGAUGAAAAGAAAGAAGAUGACAAGUCUCAAGGACCACAAAAAUCUCAAUUCAGUGUAUUAGCCGUUGAUGAUGGAGAUGAAGAAGAAGAAGAAGAAGAAGAAGAAGUAGAGCAACAAGGAACCAAUCAAGAAAAGGACUCAUCUGACGCAAGUAAAUUGGAAACUGCGACUGCCAACUUGUCAAUAUCUGAAAAGGACAACAGUAAUGACGAUUGGGAAGUAGUCGGUAAAAAGUAA